AAUUUAUCUCCACUAACUAUCAGUGAUUGUAGUUCAGGUAUCAAUAAAAUCUUUCAAAUUCUAGAUUCACCGGGUUGAACAAAAGAUCGCACGGACGCUGAAGAGACAGGCAGCCAAGAUUCACCAGAACCUCCACACGGAUCUCAAGAGGCUGCGAGAGGUGGUGACAGCUCUCUCGGUUCUUGACCAUGACUCGGGGGAGAACUGCAGCAAGGAGGUGCUCAAGCACUACGCGAGCCAGCCCACGAUUCCUCAGGGCGAGGGCGACGGCGAGAACGAAAAAGACUACGCCCCUCCCCGAUCGGCGACGUCGGUGCAGCCGUCGCCCGCCACCGAGCGCAUCAGCACCUUCCGGCAGGCGCUGUCCGAGGCGGCCGUCAACAAUGUGGGCAAGAAGGACCGGUUCCGCAGCCUGUCGUCUAUGGAGGACGUGGCUCUGUUCCUGGAGAUGGUGGAGUCGCUGCUUCGCGAGCACGAGGCGGGCAUCGCGAAGGAGGCGGACGACCAGGCGCACCACAUCCUCAGCGACGACGACGACUCCAACUCCUCCGACGACGAUUCCUUCGGCACGAUGGCGACGGACGUCCCGCGCAAGGAGGACCUCGAGGCCGGCUUCUGCAAUCAGGCUUUCGUUAGCGACAAGGGUGAGGUCGAAUGCGCGAGGCAAAAGCCGCGGCCCGACGCCGACGACGCCAGCAGGAAGGGCACGAAAGAGGAUGAGCCCUGCGUUAACCAGAGGGUGCAGCAGCGGCUAAACUCUCUCCUGAUGGAAGUAGACGCUAAAUCGAGCCGAGGACUCUUGCGCCAAAAGUCACUAAAGAAAGGCGUCACUUCUUCGGGCCAGCUCCUGGGCGAGAUGGAGAGCAUCGUGUGCAAGCCCUUCUCCAACCCAGACCUCUACGACGCCUGCGGCACCAGCGACUGCGACUCGGCGUCGAAUUUCGACCGUCGAAGCUGCAACUCCGUCCCGGGUUGCAUCAAGACCGUCACCACGAAAUCGUGCACGGACCUUUGUGACGUCUUCCCUACGCUGCCCUCUUCCUGCGACGCCGUCGACCACCAGCCUGCCUCCCAGCAUAAACCCGAGAAGCAAGCCGGCCGCCGCUGGUCUGUCGGGAGCGAUAGUCGUCGGCAGGAGGCCUCGCGCGACGGCCACCAGGCUCCCCACAACUUCCUCGCCGGCAUCAAACUGUCUGCAGGGAAGAGCGCCAAGGACCUUAGCUCGCCGCUGUCUCUGCUCUCCCAGUGGAUUCACGGCAGCGCUCACAAAACCCAGAGCCCACAGGAAGCGGAGAAUGUGAGAGAGAAAGAGAAGGACAGCGUCAGUAGUGACGAAUCGCAGGAAGCCACUAAACCUCAAUACACGCGGCUGUAAUUCUAUAUUAAGAUAUCCUUUUUAAUUAUGAUACUUUGUGGAUCCAAAGUAGUACAAAAAUCAUAAACUCAAGUCAAGCAAUACGUCUUAUUAAUGAAUUAAAUAUGUGAAGAACCAUAACAUUGCAGUGUGUCACUAAAUACAGCAGUGUGUUAUAUAGCAUGUAUUCAGUCAGGGUGGGACCUGCAAGGUCAUAUUUCUAUAGUGUAUUUCCAAAAGAGCGUAAAUUUCAUGAUUUUGUUAUCAAUUGACUAAUUAUCAACUAAUCAAUUGUAGCUGUAAUGGGCGGAACCAACAGCUAAGCACAAGGAGAAGGAGGUGUCAUUCAGGCCUCUCGGGGGUCUGUCUUGCCGGUCAGAUGUGAUUUCAUAUUCCAUGUAGCCCCAUUCCCACAAUGGAGGGUUUUAGGUGUGUGGCUCCCCAGUAACGGCAAAAUAAAUACAUACAAAUUUCCUUAGAAUUUUUUAUGUAUUUAUUUUGCAUAAAAAUAAAUAGACCAUGAGGUCUAGGAUCGUCACUAUUGUUGCUUAGUGCCUGCGUAGCCCAAACUGGACUGCUUUCAGGAUGCGAAUCUCGUUUAGAAAUUACGUCUGAUUUAAAAUAGCGUAGUUUCCCCUGAAUCAAUAGGCGGUCUCUGUCAUUGAAUAGUCUAUUUACGUUUUUUAAUUAUAUUUCCGCUUGCGUUCUAUACACACAAGUAGAUAUACUGCAGACGCGCACAUAUUUUUUAUCAUGUUUCUGUGUAUGGCAAGGUGAAAACACUUUCUAACUAAUGUGAAUAUUACCAUUUGAAUUAUUUACGUUACUUAUUCCAUGUAUCAUAAAUACAAAAAUACAUUCGCAACGGGUACAUGUUUUAAGCAUAUGUGAUAUGUAUAUAUUAUGAAAGUGAUAUAUUGGGAAAAAAUAUAGAUUUAUACUCAGUCAUUUGAUUUUCCAUGAGGUUUCUCAGUCAACUUAUAAGACUUCUACAGCACAGAUUGUAUACCAUGUAAAGAACAGCAAUCGGCUUCAUUUUAGGCAUUUUAUAUAUAUAUACAUACAUAUAUAUAUAUAUAUAUAUAUAUAUGUG